UCUAAUCUCUAAAUCCUGAUCGAAAGAAGAAGAUAACCCUAAUCGAAAGAGAAAGAUAGAGAGGAAUCAGGAGGGGUCGGACGAGUCGAUUGGCGAGGAGAUGAACGAGUCCUUAAAAGCGUUUAUGGCCGAGAAAACUACAGCGAUCGAAGCCAUAGGAGUCCUUUGUGAUGAGCGUUUCGUGGAAUUUUGGAUCAAAACUCUACUGAUAGGAGAAGGAAACCUUGAAGAUUGACGGCGAUUGAAAGAUGGAUGAGCGAGCAAGCAAGCAAGCAGUGGAGAUCGACGGCAGAGAUACGGCACCGCCUUUUCAUCUCAGUUCAUGACGUGAUGACGUGUCACGAUUUCAUAUGAUAGUCGCAAAGUUGGGCCCGUUCAAACCAAAAAUUUAAUUGGACCAAAUGAGGCCCAUUCUCAAAUAUAACAACCGAGGUUUACAUUGGGCCUUUAGAUCUCAUUUACGGUUACAGAAUCUGACGUAGAGCCGAAGGUUUUUUUUCAACCGUCAGGCGGGAGAGCGCGAGAGGAGGUUCGAUUCGAAUCCACCAUCAUGAGUCCAGCAAAUGCGACGGAGAUCGAAAUCGCAGGUGGAGAAGAGGGAGAUAAGUUCGAGGUGGGGAAGAUAUACGACGUCAAGCUGACGACUGGAAUCGAGUUCAAGGGGAUCGUCUUGGCGUAUGAUCCUGAUCCACACUUGGUCAUCUUCCAAGAGAGAACGAUUCCGGAAACUGGAGAUUCGAUGAAUACACGAAUGGUGAAUGAGAAUUUCAUAUCGACGCUUACGUAUAUAGGGAAGUGUAAGGAUCCGCUCGCUUCGAAAGAGCGUUGGAUUGAUCUCUCUGGACUCGAAGAGAAAGAGGCGAUCGCUAUUAGGGAAAUCGAGAGCAUUGGUGUUGGUGUUACCGCAGAGGCGCAGAAGGUCUUCAACGAUUUGUCUAAGACGAAAAUCGAGAGCAUUGGUGUUGGUGUUGCAGCCGAGGCGCCGAAGAGCUUUGACGCUUUCUCUAAGACGUACCCUAUCGAGCAAGAUUUGGUUGUGGAGAUUCUCCCCGUUCCAGUUAUGAGAGCACGAGAUAUCAUUGUAGCUGCCAACAUGGCCUUGAAGAAAAAGAUUUUUGCCCAAAAGAUUUCUCGUGCAACUAAUGGAGCUUACUUCCUCAUGGACGAGAAAAUGAGGAAGGUUGCAGUCUUCAAACCGGAAGAGGAAGAAGAUGGUUGUUCGAGGAAAGGAGAAAAGGCCAACAGAGAGGUGGCUGCAUAUUUGUUGGAUUUCCCCAAGGAUAGUGAAGAAGAUGGAUUCGGAGGUGUCCCUCCAACAACAAUGGUUCGUUGUAUGGACUUCAAAGGGGACAGAGAGAAAAGAUGGGCAAAAGGAUCAUUACAGCAAUUCAUUCCAAACAAGAAGUGGUAUGUUCAUGGUGAGAGGAGUGAUGCUAUUUUCAGUAUCCAAGAUUUCCAAAAGAUGACACUUCUGGAUAUCCGAUAUGGCAACACGGACAGAAACCAGGACAACAUACUUAACAAAGAAGGCAAGUUGAUUCCUAUUGACCAUGGAGAGUGCUUUCCCACAGAGUUUGAUCGUUACAGGCUUGAUUGGACUGUAUGGGAGAUGGCAGAGAUCCCGUACUUGACUGAGAUGGUCGAGUAUGUGAAGACUUUGGACGUGGACAAAGAUUUGGAGAUUUUGAGAACAAAUGGUAUAGAACUGGGAGGUAGAGCUGUGUUUGUCUUCAGAGUUCAACACAUGGUGUUGAAACUAGGUGUUUUAGGGGGUAAUGUCCCCAAAGACAUUGGACACCUGUUAACCCAUCCGCUUAGUGGCGGUACUUCAGAAAGUCUCGGUACACUCUUUCAUAAGUGCAUGACACGUAACCCCACUGACGUAACUCUAUUAAUGGACUCUUUACACGACAGUAUAAAAGGCGUUUUGCAGUGGGCUAGAGAGGAACGUGUACUACGCAGGGAAAUCAAGAGCAUUGGUGUUGGUGUUACCGCAGAGGCGCAGAAGAUCUUCAACGAUUUGUCUAAGACGCUUCCUGUACAGUGGGUAAACAAAGACAUUCUGGUAUCGGGAAAAGUGCGUAUCCGUAGCCCUUACCAUGAUGAUUGUGUCACUGGAGGAACUGCUACUGCCAGGAAUCAAAUAAAGGCUGUGCUGAAGAAGGUGAGACAGGAGUUGCAACUUGGCACUGGAGGCAAUUGAAGUAGGAUAAAGCCGCUACUUUCCAGAGAAAUACUUGGUACCUUGAGUUUACUUGGGUGUUGAAAAAGAACACAGAGAAUGUUAAAGUUUUCUUCUGUAUAGCAAAUUUGAAUAUCCAAAACAAUGCAUGUUUAGAGGCAUACCUACUCGCUACUGAAAGGUCAACGUUUACAUAUUAUUCUAACGAUCAAUUGACAGGAAACUUGUUUGAUUA